CUGAACAAGCCCCUCGUCGAGACGGACAAGGAGCUCUACGACAUCAUCGAGAUGGAGAAGGUGCGCCAGCGCGACUCGCUCGUGCUCAUCGCGUCCGAGAACUUCACGUCGAAGAGCGUCUUCGACGCGCUCGGCAGCGUCAUGUCGAACAAGUACAGCGAGGGCUACCCGAACGCGCGCUACUACGGCGGCAACGAGCACAUCGACAAGGUCGAGAUCAUGUGCCAGAACCGGGCUCUCGAGUGCUUCAACCUCGACCCGGAGCAGUGGGGCGUGAACGUGCAGACGCUCUCGGGGUCGCCCGCGAACUUCCAGGUCUACACGGCGCUGCUCCAGCCCCACGAGCGCGUCAUGGGCCUGGACCUGCCCCACGGCGGCCACCUGUCCCACGGCUUCCAGACGCCGACGAAGAAGAUCUCGGCGACGUCCGUCUUCUUCGAGACGUUCCCCUACCGGCUCGACGAGUCGACGGGGCUCAUCGACUACGAGGCGCUCGCGGCGAACGCGGCGCUCUACCGGCCGAAGAUGAUCAUCGCCGGCGCGUCGGCCUACUCGCGCCUCAUCGACUACGACGCCAUGCGCAAGAUCUGCGACGACAACGGCGCGUACCUGCUCGCGGACAUGGCGCACAUCUCGGGGCUCGUCGCGUCGGGCGUCGUGCCGUCGCCCUUCGACACGGCGGACGUCGUGACGACGACGACGCACAAGUCCCUGCGCGGCCCCCGCGGCGCCAUGAUCUUCUACCGCAGGGGCGCCAAGGCCGACGGCACGGAGUACGACUUCGAGGAGGCGAUCAACUUCUCCGUCUUCCCGGGCCUCCAGGGCGGCCCCCACAACCACACCAUCGCGGCGCUGGCGACGGCCCUCAAGCAGGCGACGACGCCGGAGUACAAGGCCUACCAGGAGCAGGUCCUGGCCAACUCCAAGGCCAUGGAGAAGCGGCUCGGCGACCUCGGCUACUCGCUCGUGUCCGGCGGCACGGACAACCACCUCGUGCUCGUGGACCUCAAGAAGAGCCGCAAGAUCGACGGCGCCCGCGUCGAGGCCGUCCUCGAGCUCGCGAACAUCGCCCUCAACAAGAACACGGUGCCGGGCGACAAGUCCGCGCUCACGCCGUCGGGGGUUCGCAUGGGCGCGCCGGCGCUGACGUCCCGCGGCUUCGCGGAGGCGGACUUCGAGACCGUCGUCGACCUCUUCGACAAGGGCGUCGCCAUCGCCGUCGACGUCAAGUCCCAGGGCGGCAAGCUCAAGGACUUCCGCCGCAAGAUCACCGAGGGCGACAACGCCAAGGCCAUCGCGGACCUCAAGGCCGAGGUCGCGGCCUUUUGCGGGGGCUUCCCCACCGUCGGCUUCUAG